AUGAUUUUGGGGUUUGACUUGGUUAAUGAUUUCGUGAUAGAGAAAGAAAUUCGCAAACAACUUGUAAAGAUAGAGGGCAUUAACUGUGAAACAAUAAAGACUUACUAUGGUUCGGAAUUUUAUCCAAGAAAAUGGGAACAAGACGGUGCUGUUAAAAAGUCUACAUUACAUCAUCCUGUCAAGAAGGAGCUUGAAUCUGGCACUUCUUCAGACUCUUCAUCACCAGUGCCUCUUAGAAGUAGAUCCCCUUUAUGCCAGAGGUCCAGAAAUAUGGCUGACUCUCCAAAUAUGUCACCAAAGAGGUGCAAGCGAUCGCCGAGGUCAAGGAAAUCAUGGUCACCUGUAAGGUCACCAAAAAGACCAACAAGAUCUCCAUCUCUUUCCAGAUUUCGCAACAAAUCACCACCUCAGGAAUGCAUUGAGGCUGCAAAAGCACUCCUAGAACCGAAGCUGAGAGCCCCACCACCACCACCUCUGCAGCAGUUAACUUUGCAACCACCCAUAUCAACACCUCUUCAGAAGCCUUCACCCUUACCAAGACAAGAAAAAAUGGAAAUGAAAGAUAAAGAUGUUCAAAAAUUUGACCUAGAGGAGCUUAUGAUUCAUAUGAACUUUAUCAUUAAAACACAUGAUAUGUAUGAAGGUGAUGUAAAAGAACCAGAUGAUGCAAAACUUGUGAUUGAACUGAUGCUUAAAAUCUCUGAAGCUUUAUAUUCUGUUACUCGCACAACACUUGAUGACAGCAUGCUCAAGUCUGAUCAGAAGCAACAAACUUUGAAAAAACAGAAAGAUGUCUUAUUAAAGAUUAUGGGCCAUUUGAAAUAUAGAAUGGAAGCACACUGGCAACAGAAAUAUGCUGCUCAAUAACACAAUUAGAAAAUUUCCUGGAACAUCUCUCUGCAGAUUCUUCAAUCGUAUAAAAAAAAAUGCGUUCAAUAUGAUCAGUAUACAUUUGGUUGACCCAAUCCCCAUGUAUGGCAAGAAUACAUGCUAUGCCCAAUGCAAUACAAAUUUAUUUAUUGUAUUUUCACAUAGAUGGCUCUAAAAGUGCUUAGUCACUAAGGAGUUGCUUAUUAGUCCUACCUUCUCACCUGUUUACCCUUGUCCUCAACUUUUGGAAAUAUUCCUUUGCAUUAUUUCAUUGUCUUAAAUAUUAUUGAGAUUUAAAGAACAAUUUUAUAAUCGUAACAUCAAUAACAAUAAUUACAGUAUCAAUGGCAACUGCAUUAAAAAGAAAAACACAUUUUCCAGCCAAUUCAAGGAAUGGGGAAAUCAGGAUCGGUCAUUAUAGGUAGCCUACUGAUAGACUCCUGUGUCUAACAACAUUCACAAAAAUACUACAGGGGACAGAACAUAAAUCCAGGGAGGUUGGGUCAACUCAAUGCUGCCGGGAAGAUGAAGUUUUUGAAAUGUCUCUGCACAUCGAUGGCUCUGCUUGUGCUUAGCCACAAGGAAGUCAAUUAGUAGACCUUGUAGCCUUAUUUGAUUUCACUUUUCCUUGAAUUGGUGGGAAAAUUUUUUUUUUUUACUAAUGCUAUGAAUAUCAAUGGUGUUAUUUUUUUAUAGAUAUGAUAAUUACUAUAAUGUUAUUGACAUUAGUAACAACAUUAUAAGAUAAUAUAAAAUAUUUUUAAAAAUCAGGGUAAAGGGUAAACAGGAGAGACAGUCAGUACUCAUAAUUGGCUCAUUGGUGACAUAGUACAAGUGUAGCCAUCUGUAUGUAAAAACAAUUAAAAAAGUAAGCUCACAGUGGGCAUGGCAUGUACAUACAUGGCAUGCCCGUUGGAUUUGGGUUGACUAUAGUAAUGUUAUAUUUCAAGAAAAUUUUAUGUAUAGUAAAAUUUGGUAUAUUCAGAAGGUAGUAAGUUUUGAAUAAGUUUUAUAUAUGUGAAUGCUAUAUGAAGAGCUUUUGGCAUCACAAUGUCUCCACUAUUGCAUUUUGUUUGAUUGUUAACUUAUGUGACAGUUGAGUUUGUAUCAGAAUUUUUUUUCAAAGCAUUUCUCAUAUUUUUUCCUUAACUACUAAUUAUCAGUUGAGUUGUUAACACUGACUAAAUAAAAUAAAGGAUAGAAGGUGCUAAGUUGCCUGUUUGCAAUUUUGGCUCCAUCCAGAAAAGAAUGGAUAUCAUUAAUUGUUUCUUUCUAUGGAGAAGUAUAGAAAAACAAUGCAAUUGAUUGUAUUAGUUAUUUUUGCAUAAAAACUUUACAACAUUUAUACAA